AUGAGCGCGCGCAACUCGACCCCCAAAUUUCGGCGAUGGCAAGCCAGCGAGAGAGCAAGGUGGCGAGAUUUGAGAGAAAUGGAUCGCGUGGAGUCUGAGAGCAGCCGGGGCGGGGAUGCUGUAACCCCUCCCCUCGGAGGUGUCACAAGUGGGAUCACAGGAUCCCCAAUGAUCCCAUCCUGGCUCGCCAGAGAUCGUUUUGACAUCUCUCCCGAGCCAGGCCGCUGGGCCGGCCGUUGGGUCCAGAACUACGCCGAGGCAUCGACCGCCGUGUCCCUGCGCCCCAGUGCAGAGCCCCCCGUCGGGCUCUUCCACCUCGCCGGCCGGACGGCCUUCCUCCCGGCCGCCAACGAGGAAGCAGGGAGGCGCAAGAGGCCCUCGGGCGGCGCCGGGAGCCAUCUCGAUCCACGACGUCGACCACCCAGGGCCAGAGACACGCCCUCCUGCUCCGGUGGCGGGAGCGUCCCAUUCGCACGGGCUCCGGCCCGCCGGCUGCGUGCAUCCUCCAAGCGCCGGCGGGAGAUUCGGGCCGGGCCGUCGUCCUGCUCGUUCGCGGCAGGAAGCUCGCGACGGGCUUGUGCGCACACAUCUUCCUCCCCCAAGAGCAGCCCGUUCUCGAGCCUGCUCCAUGGAUCCCAGAGCCCGGCCGUUCAUCCGGGCCGUUCGAGCCGGUAG